GGUGUCGGCCAAGUAGCAUCUUAUAUAUGCUUACAAGAACAAAAGCUUUCUCAAGGAAAUUUGGGUUUUGGAGUUUGUUUUGUUGGCUUGAUAAUCGCGAGAGAGCAGCAUAAGCUAGAGACAAGAUGCCAGGCAUUUCGAUUGGAGAUGAGAUUCCGGACAUCCACGCCGACUCUACUCACGGCCCCAUAAAUCUUCACGAGUUUUGCAAGAACAACUGGACGCUCGUCUUCUCUCAUCCCGCUGACUUCACUCCGGUUUGCACCACCGAGCUCGGGAGCGUCGCCAAGUACCAGCCCGAGAUCGAGAAGCGAGGAGCCAAGCUGCUGGGCCUCUCCUGUGAUACCGUCGAGGAGCACAAGGCCUGGACCAAGGAUGUCGAAGCUUACACGACUGGAGCUUGCGUCAAGUACCCCAUCAUGGCCGAUCCGACCCGGGAGAUCUCCAGGAAGCUCAACAUGCUCGAUCCGGACGAGAAAGAUUCCUCGGGCCAGCCGGUUGCUUCGAGGGCUCUUCACAUCGUCGGUCCUGACUGUCGGAUCAGGGUGAGCUUCAUGUAUCCUGCCUCGGUUGGACGCAACUUUGACGAGGUGAUCCGCGUGCUGGAUGCGCUGCAGCUCUCCUCCAAGCACAAGAUUGCCUGCCCCGUUAACUGGAAGCCCGGCGAUCACGUCGUCAUCUCCCCCUCGGUUUCCGACGAGGAGGCCAAGAAGAUGUUCCCCCAGGGAUACAAGACGGUCGAUCUUCCUUCCGGGAAGAAGUACAUGCGUCUUGUCAAGGUGGAUUAGAUGUGUGAAGUCCUGAGUCUUAUAUGACUUAUCUGCGUGGAAGUAAUAAUAUUAGUAGAGCUUGUUAAGAA